AUGUCUCUUAAAAAAACAUAUAUUGAAGAAGAAAUUUAUAUUGAAUCUUAUAAAAAAUUGGAUGACGAAAAGAAAAAGUAUCAGAGAAAAGAAGAAACAUAUCAGAAAAUUAUUUCUAAUUUACAAAAUGAAUUAGAAAAUAGAAAUUCUACUAUUAUAGAAUUAAUUGAGCGUUAUGUUUAUUUUAAUACACAUUUUGGCAAAUUAUUUGAGAUUUGUCAAAGUUUAUAUGAACAAGAUGUUUUAAACAAAAUUAACGAAUCGGUUAAAGAAGAAGUUCAACAAGAAAAAGUUAUUUGUCAACAACAAGAAGAAGAAGUUGUUUAUCAACAAGAAGAGACUGACGAUGAAUUAGAUUAUAAUCCAGAUACAGAAUAG